GACAUGGGUGAAGAGUCUCCUCUGCUGAACAGAAGACCAACAUCGUCUGAGUCCCAGAUCAAUAACUCUAAACUGUACCUGGCCGUCUUUGCGGCUGUCCUGGGGAACUUCAGCUUCGGUUACUCUCUAGUCUACUCGUCUCCUGUCCUGCCAAAGCUCCAGAGCCCUGAUGCCGACCCUCGGCUCAGGAUGGACACGGAGCAGGCCGCUUGGUUCGGCUCAAUCUACACGCUGGGUGCAGCAGCUGGUGGGUUGGGGGCCAUGCUGCUGAACGACUUAAUUGGACGGAAGCUGAGCAUCAUGGUGUCAGCAAUGCCCUCGACUAUUGGCUACAUGCUAAUGGGAGGGGCCGUGGACGUGUGGAUGCUCCAACUCGGUCGUUUCCUUACAGGUGUUGCCGGGGGGAUGACCGCAGCAUCCAUUCCUGUUUACAUAUCAGAAAUCUCGCACAAAGCAGUGAGAGGAGCUCUGGGAUCCUGCCCACAGAUCACUGCUGUGGUUGGAGCCCUGGCACUCUACAGUCUAGGUUUGGUGGUACCGUGGCGGUGGCUGGCAGUGGCAGGGGAGGUGCCGGCAGUGCUGAUGGUUGUGCUGCUGGUGUUCAUGCCCCGCUCCCCCAGGAGGCUCCUCUCUCAGGGCAGAGAGCAGCAGGCUGAGAAGGCCCUCCGCUGGCUGAGGGGGAAGCACUACGACAUACAGAUCGAGCUCAGUGCCAUACAGCACAGCAUCAGUACACAGAGUAAAGUCACAUUGUCCCAGCUGGCCACACCUGUCUACUACCGGCCGAUCCUGAUCUCAGUGGUGAUGCGUUUCCUGCAGCAAAUGACGGGGAUCACUCCCAUUCUGGUUUACCUGGAGCCUAUCUUUUCCAAGAGCAAAGUCUCGCUGGAGCCCAGGUAUGAUGCUGCCAUUGUAGGUGCAGUCCGCCUCUUUUCUGUUGCUGUGGCAGCCAGUUUGAUGGACAGGGCAGGACGCAGAGCUCUGCUGUUCACGUCGAGCCUGCUGAUGUUCUUAUCAAGUCUGACUUUGACCAUGAUCUCCCACACCACGCCUUGCCCUCCUGGCCCUGCCCCUCCGAACCUCACUGUGAGUUUGGACUACAGCCCCCAGAACUACACUGAAAACAUCUUGUAUGUCGGCCACCAAACAUCAACGAACCUCAUCCCUCUCAUCAGCACCAUGGUCUUUAUAUUUGGAUACGCCAUGGGAUGGGGCCCAAUCACAUGGUUGCUGAUGUCAGAGGUGUUGCCGCUGGUUGCCAGGGGCGUGGCUUCAGGCCUGUGUGUGACUGUCAGCUGGUUGACGGCCUUCAUGCUCACACACGCCUUCACACACCUGGUGGAUAGCUAUGGCCUGUACGUGCCAUACCUGGGUUUCACAGUGGUGUGUGUGCUCUGUCUGCUGUUCACGGCAGUGUGCAUUCCAGAGACCCGUGGCCGCUCGCUGGAGGAAAUAGAAAACUAUUUCAGGACAGGACGCACGUUCACCAUCAAGCGGAGUCAAUCUACUGUCCAGUCGAGCUGAAGCUUGAAGACCAGAAUGUAACAAACAUUUUUAUAUUUCCUAUUUUUGUUUCAAGUACUGGAUGAACUGUGAAACCUUU